CUUUGGCGCUUAUGGGCAACUCCGUCAUUUCCACAGUGUUCAGCAAACAGCAAUCCGCAUACCCUCUACCACCGUCAUGUCUGGGCGGAGAAAAAUGCGGUGAGGGACUUGAAAGACAGGACCGCGCCACGCAAGCCUUGCUUUCUCCGCCGCCACCCUCUUUCUCUCCCCGUCAGGAACAAUCUUAAACUUUUCUACUUUCGCUCUAAAUUUGCUCUGCAUAUCUCUCUAUUGUUUCCUUAAUUUUCAAUAGAGAUAUAGGUUCUGUACAUCGAGGUGAUCUUCCGAGGAAAUGUCGGCCAUAUCAAACUUUACGGCUGGCCGGCACGCCUUGAUCGGAGCUGCAUUGCCAGAGAGCUUCCCGAAAGUUGGUUCGGAGAAGCACAGUAGGUUGAAAAUGAGAAUUUCUAGAUCUUUGGACAAGGCAGCUCUUCGCCAUUCAAGGAAGGCAUUUAAUGGUUCAAGUAUCCGGAUGACAUUGGUAGAUGAGAGACUUGCACACAGAAAAGUUGUGAUGCCAUCUGAAGUUUUGGCAUAUGAACUCGUUCAAGGAGCCAAAGUGAGAUGGAGUUAUAUCAUGGAUAAAUCCUUGCCUGAACCACCUACUGCAGUCCUUUUGCACGGUAUUUUGGGCAGCAGGAAAAAUUGGGGAAGCUUUGCUCGGAGAUUAGCCAAAGAAUUUCCAAAAUGGCAGUUUCUCUUGGUAGACUUGCGGUGCCAUGGUGAUUCAACAUCAAUCAAGAAGAAGGGGCCUCAUACUGUAGCUUCAGCUGCCCUGGAUGUCUUAAAACUACUUGGGCAUCUCAGGCUCACUCCCAGAGUUGUCGUUGGUCACAGUUUUGGAGGAAAAGUUGCUUUGAGCAUGGUUGAUCAGGUUGCUAAACCACUUGCACGGCCUGUCAGAGUUUGGGUUCUGGAUGCAACUCCAGGAAAAGUAAGAGCUGGUGGAGAUGGAGAUGAUCACCCAGCUGAACUAAUUACUUUUCUAAGUGCACUGCCAAAAGAGGUCUCUUCAAAACAGGAUGUUGUGGAGGCUCUUACUAAGCAGGGCUUUUCCAAAGAUGUGGCACAGUGGGUGGUAACUAACCUCCGACAGACCAACCCUUCUGGUACAUCCCCAGCAAGCUUCUCGUGGGUGUUUGAUCUUAAGGGAAUUGAUGAGAUGUAUCAAUCAUAUGAAGAAACAAAUAUGUGGAAAGUAGUGGAAGAUGUACCCCGAGGUGUACAUGUCAGCUUCUUGAAGGCAGAAAGGAGUUUGCAUCGGUGGGCACUUGACGAUAUUCAGAGGAUUCAUUCUGCCGAGGAGCAAGCUUCCAAGGAGGGAGGUGGAGUAGAGAUGCAUGUCUUAGAAGAUGCCGGGCACUGGGUGCAUGCGGAUAACCCAGACGGAUUAUUCAAGAUUCUUUCAUUCUCGUUCCAAGGAUUUUAAAGUUGGAAUACAUUGACAGACAUUGAUGGUCCUGCAGAUUAGGAAAAUUACCCAUCAUUGACCUCUUUUUCCAGUGUGGUAUGUGUAUCAUUUUUUACAAAUUUUGUAUUUGGGUGAAGUAAUCUUUGCAUGUACAAGAGAGCAAUGUGUAGAACCAAUAUUCAUUCAGGCAUGAGAUGUGUACAUUUAUUUUUUCUGGAAAUUGUAAAUCGAAUAAAACAUAUUCUAAGAGUUAAGAUCAUUUAUUUAUUAUAAAAUUUCCUUUGAACUUUGAUCAA